UUGGCUUGUGGGCUUAGUAUGAGCAGCACAGAGGCUUUAGUGAACUUCUUCCGACAGCUUUCCCUGCCACCCACACAGUCCUAUUUGAGGCCCUUAGUCAGUCAGCAAGCAUGCUUGGAACCGCCCCGGUGCUUUGCAAGGGCUCGUGUUGCAGGGCAGUCACGUAUGGGCAUUUGUAGUUAUAAAUACUUGACCACUCUCCAGGUGCCGCUUUCAGCCUUGAAAGCAGCUUCGUCGCCUGCUACCAACCUGACUGCUGGCUUCACGUGUAGGGUUAAUCCAUUGCUAUAGGACAUCUUCUGCUGAGAAAGAAGUGAAAUGGAGCACAACGGGUCUGCUUCAAACCCUGGUAAAAGCCACCAGAAUCGAUUGUCGAGUGUGACUGAAGAUGAAGACCAAGAUGCUGCUCUCACCAUCGUGACCGUGCUGGACAAGGUGGCCAGUGUGGUGGACAGUGUGCAGGCCAGCCAGAGGAGAAUAGAGGAGAGGCACCGGGAGAUGGAAAACGCUAUCAAGUCCGUCCAGAUCGACCUGCUGAAGCUCUCACAGUCUCACGGCAACACAGGCCACAUUGUCAACAAGCUGUUUGAGAAGACCCGGAAAGUCAGUGCACACAUUAAAGACGUGAAGGCCCGGGUGGAGAAGCAACAGGUUCACGUAACGAAGGUUGCAACCAAGCAAGAAGAAAUAAUGAAGAAAAACAAAUUCCGCGUGGUAAUAUUCCAGGAGGAUAUUCGGUGCCCUUCAUCCCUGUCUGUUGUUAAAGACAGGAGCCUGCCUGAGAGCCAGGAAGAGGUCGAGGAAGUCUUUGAUCCCCCAAUAGAGCUCUCAUCGGAUGAAGAAUACUAUGUUGAAGAAAGCAGAUCUGCCAGGUUUAGAAAGUCAGGCAAGGAGCACAUUGAUCAUAUCAAGAAGGCGUUUUCCAAAGAAAACAUGCAGAAGACACGGCAGAAUCUUGACAAGAAAGUGAGUGGAAUCAGAACUAGAAUAGUCACGCCUGAGAGGAGAGAGAGGCUGAGGCAGUCAGGAGAGAGGCUGAGGCAGUCGGGAGAGAGGCUGAAGCAGUCAGGGGAAAGAUUUAAGAAGUCGAUUUCAAAUGCUGCCCCCUCAAAGGAAGCUUUUAAGAUGCGCAGCCUCAGGAAACCUAAGGAUCCCAAGGUGGAAGGCCAGGAGGGAGACAGAGGGAUGGGUGUGGACAUCAUCACAGGUAGCCUGGCGCUGGGGCCCAUCCAUGAGUUCCACCCUGAUGAAUUCAGUGAAACAGAAAAGGAGGUGGCCAAGGUAGGGUACAUUCCCCAAGAAGGAGGGGACCCCCAGACUCCUGAGCCUUUGAAGGUGACGUUUAAACCCCAGGUGAGAGUAGAGGAUGAUGAGUCCCUCCUGUUGGACUUAAAGCAGUCCUCGUAGAGAGGAGUUAAGUGUGAGCAUCAAUCACUUUAAAUCAGGUGGUCAUAGUUUGAAUAGUGUAGUCAUUUAUGUUCAUGUCCAAUAGAAAGGCAGUCGGUAUAAAAGCUUCAUUUCUUACCUUUAAAAUCUUAAAGAUUAUAGAAAUAUAUAUAUACAAUUUUCUUAUAAUUUCCUUGGAAAUUCUAUUUUCCUGAGAUUAUACGACUCUGACAGAAUUUUUUUUUUUUCUCUUAUGUCAAGUCUUUUGGAGCAACUCUUGUCCAGUGAGAAAAUAAUUGUGUGGCUCAGGUCAGUUAGAUGCUUGGUCUCUAGGAAGGACAAAUCUGUGUCCAUCAUUCAGCAACAAACUGUCGGUUUGGGUCAGGAUUAGCAAGUCCAGUCUCAAGAGGGAGCAGCUAGUGAGUACACUGUGCUACCCAGAUGUUCACAUCUGGAUAUUCAUUAGUGAAGCAGUAGCCAUAUAUCCCUUAUGAAGCUCUUUUGUGAGGGGGGGAAAUCCCGGAAGUUUUGGGCUUGAGCAUUUAGCUGUGGCAUUAUAACUUUAUUGCUAGUGAGAUACUCGUCCAGUGAUAGAAAUUUGUUGGGGGCGGGGGAGGGUGCUUGCUGGCCCUGUACUUCUUGAAGGACUUGAGAUCUGAGGGGUACAUCACAGAGUGUGUGAGGACAAGGCACACAUCCAGUGGAUAAGCACGAACCACACUGGUCCCUCAAAACCAGAGCUGAACAGUUUCAGCUGUGAAGAAGCCGUUGGUCCGAGCAGUGAAGCCAGACUUGAGCAGAAGCUGAAGUUGUUCUGCACAAGUCUUUUCACAGAGUGAGGAGUGAAAAAUAAAUGCUUGGAUGAGCACCUUUUCAUUAAAAGCUGGAACCAACCCUUGGGUCUUUCGCCGCGAGCUAACAUCGUCUCUGCUUGCCUUUAGAUUUGGAUGUGGGGUAGACAAGCACAGUUUUGGUGCACAGCGUGAGGCGGAAGUCAGGCUCAGUUGUCAAACGGCUUUUCUGAAGUUUGCCCUGAUGUGGUGGGCAUAGAAGUGACCUCCAGUACUCCUGUUUUUCUAGAGUGAACCCUUUAGGGCUAACAUGUCCAGAACAGUGCCCAUAAACAUUUGUCACAGCCGCUUCGGAGGACCUCAGAGACAACUUAGCUCUCAGAUUUAGAUCUGUGCAGCCAAGAAGCAGCUACCACUGCUGAGGGCCGGUUACACUGAUUCUGUGCACCAGCACACUGAAAUCUUCCAGUCUCUUUCUUUUUUUUUUCUGAGAUGGAAGCGAUGGUAGAAAUUUUGAUUUUUUUUUUUCCACUCACGUUCAGUUUGCUUUUUAAUAAUCAUGUAGUAGUUACACAUAUGCAGGCAUGGGGUUGCGUGCCUGCUGCCCCAGCACUCACAAGCAGAGUUAAAUAAGCAUGGAUUCUCUUCAUCCGUAUGGUUCGGCAUCGUUUUCUUUUCACUCAGCCUUGAAUACAUGUUCAUUUUGCUAUCUUUUUGGUUUUUUUUAAGACAGGGUUUCUCUGUGCAGCCUUGGCUGUCCUGGAACUCGCUCUGCAGACCAGGCUGGCCUCGAACUCAUAGAGAUCUGCCUGCCUCUGCUUCUGGUGCUGGAAUUAAAGGCCAGGUGCCACCACCACUCGGCAUCUUGCUAUUUUUUUAUAUUACAAACUAAAGCAUGUGCAGCAUUGAAUAAAACUUUGAAAGAAUAAUUCCAAAAACAUUUUUAUAACAGCUUAGAAGGAGAUUGUGUGUCCAAGAAUAAAUUUGAAUGUAAAAUGAUGUUAUUGCGAAAUGUGAGGCCAGUGUUAUGGUUGUAAAUCUUUAAACCAGUGAUGAAUGGAAACAGCAAUAUGCAAAUGAAGGAUGAUAUAGUGAACCAAGGAUAGGAGGAAGACAGAGAAGUUACAGAUGUAGUAAAUCGAGGGAUAGGAGAAAUAGAGAAAUUACAGUUGUUUGUUUUCAGUUUGUUUCAGUUGGCCAACAUAUUUUUUCUGCAAAUAUCUAGGGCUUUUGUUUAUUGACUCAUUAAUACUCAGCCUGGACAUCUUACAAAGCAUUGCUCCUGCAGCUGUGUUAGAGUCUGAUGGAGGAGCAGUUAGGACCGGGUCAGCUUUCGUCUUGCUAGACUUUGUGUGACCCCAGAAACACUAAAUGUCUCUUGUUGCUGGAGGCUCACCAUAAUCCUGUACUUCAUUCUCACUGCCAGGAUUUUCCCGCUGCCGUAAAUAUGUAUCAGCGUCUUUCUGUGUUUAGGAUAUUCCUAAAUUCCACACACAUAAUUUCUUGUACCUUCAUCCUGCUUUCAUGGUGCGAAGAUAAAGGGCUGCAAAAUUCACACAUUCAUUUAAUAUAAGUGAUAUUCUAGUCAGUGUUCAUUAUUUUGAUGAACACUGGGGAAACACCAGGUUCCUUGCUCAUUUGCAGUGCAGAAUUACACAUAUCAACCUCUAAAUAAUGUACCCACACCCUUACUCCCUUCUCGUAACGAGACAGAGCAGAACAACAGCUGUAGCUACCAGGGGUGGGGAGCUGGUGUUGAAACUCUUCCAGGGUAGACGGGGAAAUGCAGGCCCGUCUCCUGCCUGUGAUGAUCCAGGUGUCCUGAGGCUAGAGAAUCGAACAUUAGUGUGCAUGGACGUUCCCCUUGCCAAGAGCAGACUUGUGUGUGUUCCCAAAAAGCAAGUUUUCAUGAAUGACAAGAUAUAAGCCAAAUUAAAAAUAUAACCAUUUUGACUUGACUCUUUGUCUUUUGUACACAUUAAAG